AUGGAACUAAUAUGAGAAUUGAAAAGAUAAUACCUACCCAUUCCGUGUACUCUCUUGAUUAACAUCAGCUAAGUAUUAAGGUCAUGGGCAUAAAAAUAAUAUGGUCUAACGUGUUUAUGAUUUACAGCACAUACCCGGUCUGCAGUUUAGCAGAUGCACUACUUGUCAUAGAGUGUUACACUGAGAGUUUAGUAUUUUCAUUUACCACCUAUGGUUUCUCCUCUGAAACAUUAUUUUCUCAGAUCUCUCUCUCUUCCUCUCUCUCUCUUCCCUUUUACUCUCCUCUCUGUCUCUCCCUGAGAAAUACUAUAUGAAAUCAUAUGUAGUAUCAUUUUAAAACUUGGGAGAUAAGGAAAUAAAGAUUGAAAAUGAUAGUUUUUCUUAGUUUCAAUUAGAUCAUUGAUAAAUUGUUUGUUUUAAGUUGUUUGAUAUUGAAUUGGAUAAAAAGCAGGUCUGUAAAAAUUACUAUAAGGGUGUAAGAAAAUACUGAGAAUCGAAGCAAAAAAUAUAUCCUUGAAAACUAUUUUAAAGUUGAAAUUGUAACUUUAAUAAGUUGAAAUUAAACCUUUUCACUGAACUUGGCUUAGUGAAAAGCAUUAUAAAGAGAAAAGCUACAAUAUCAUUAGAAAAUAUAAUGAUAGGUAAAGUUACAAAAUCCAAAAUUAUAAAGACAUAAAAUCCCUAAUGCUUUUGUAAUAUAUUUAAAGAGAUCUAAGUUUAACAAUAAUAUAAAUGAAUAUAAAUCAUCAUCAUCAUCAUAAGAGAUACACUUACUGAAUAUUUAUUAUAUUUCAGGCAUUUUCCCAGAUGCUUUAAUGAGAUACAGUAUUCUACACCCCCCACACCCCCGAAUUUCUCUCUCCCCAGGUCUCAGAAGGCCUCGAGUCCUGUCUAUAAGAUGCAACAUAAAAUCGUCACCUCUCUGGAAUGGAAAUGCUGCCCCGGCUUCAGCGGCAACAACUGCCAGAUGAAAGUCCAGGAGCAGCAUCAGCUGAUACACAACGCCCAGGCGGAGAGUCACGCAGCUGUUGGCCAGGGGACGGAGGAGCAGAAGCAGCGACAGCGGGACUGCGAUGACCCAGCAGUGACACGAAAAAUAACCGAGCAGCUGAGCCACCAGGCAGUGAGACUGAGCCUUCUGCAGAAGGAGAUUGACAACAUCUCCCUGGCUGUGAGUGAGGUAAAGAAUACGCACUCCUCCCUGGAAGAAAAAAUCAGCGAGGACAAAGGCGGGGAAUUUCAGCAUUUUCUGAAAGGUCUAAAAUCCAAAAGUCUUAAUGAUCUAAUAAGAGACAUAGUGAGAGAAGAAUUCCAAACUUUUCAAACUGACACACAAGAGACUGUGGCACAGCUCUUCAAAACUGUUUCAUGGUUAUCAGAAGAACUUGAAAGUACCAGGCAAACAAUUCGACAAGUUAAUGAAUCUGUGGUUUCCAUAGCAGUUCAGCAAAAGGCUCUAAUAAUGCAAGAAAAUAAACCCAUUUUAACCGAUAUACUAGAUUUAAAGAAAAAUGUUGUGAAUAUAAGACAAGAAAUGAAUUUUACCUGUGAGAAGCCUAUUAAAGAACUAGAAGCAAAACAGAUGCAUUUAGAAAAUGCUCUAGAACAGGAACAUUUACAGAGCAUUUUGUAUCAUGAAUCCCUCAAUAAGACGCUGUCUGACAUGAAGGAGGGUUAUGGUCAUCUUUCACCAACUGAACAAAUGUCAGAGCAGAAGAGUGUUCUGGGAACGGAAUCAGUUGGCGAUGGUGUCUCUGAGGACUUGUCUACUCUACAUGAGAAGAUACAGAGGCAGGACUUGAGGAUGUCACAAUUGUUUGAUGAUUUACAGGUCCAAGACAGCAAGAUUGACAACCUCACCAUCUCUUUGGAGAUGAAGAAAGAAUCCAUCAGGAGCGAAUGGGAAAACAUGCUAUCCAAGCACAGAAGUGAUUUGGAAAUGCAAAUUAGGGAAGCAGAAGACAAUGUGCAAAUUUUAAACCAAACUUUGGUUGAGGUUGUCUUCCCGAUGGAUAAGAAGAUGGAUAAAAUGAAAGAGCAAAUAAAUGAUUUGAUUUAUGAUAUGGAGAUUCUUCAACCUCUUCUUGAGGAAGGACCAUCUCUUAAACAAAGAAUAACAAACGGACAAUCCAAAGAAGAUGUAGUUACAAAGAAAAAGUUGGACAAUCUGACUGGUGCUGUGAAUACUCUAAAUUUUCUUCUCAAAGAACUUACAAAAAACCACAACUUGCUUAGAAGUGAAGUACAGAGUCGAAGUUAUUCCUUAGACAGACGUAUUGAUGAAUAUGCCUCAGAAAUGGAAGAUGGUCUGAAUAAAACAAUGACAAUUAUAAAUAAUGCUAUUGAUUUCAUUCAAGAUAACUAUGUGUUAAAAGAGACUUUCAGUACAAUAGAGAUUAAUUGGGUUCAUCAUGAUUGUAACCAAAAUAUGAAAACUAUUUUGACAUUUAUUUCUCAAUUCCAGCAUCUGAAUGAUUCUAUUGAGAUUUUGAUCAAUGAUAAUCAACGGUACAGCUUCGUCUUGCAAGUGGCCAAAGCCCUUGCAGAUAUUCCUAAAGAUGAGAAACUAGGUGGGUUCAGUUUUCAAAAGAUUCAUCAAAUGUUGAAUGAAACGACUUCCCAGGUGAUAAAAUAUCAGCAAAAUGUGAGUCAUUUGGAGGAAAUAGUACACUCAGCCUCAAAGAACUCAACAAAGUUUGAAACGAGAUUACAAGACAUUGAGUCUAAGCUGACGAAAAUGCUCAUACCUUAUUAUGUUUCGCUGAAAAAAGGCGGUGAGGCUACAAAAGAGAAAGACCAGGCUCUUCAACUGCAGGUGUUAAGUUCCAGAUUUAAGGCACUGGAAGCGAAAUCCAUUUAUCUUUCAAUGAAUCUCUCUUUGCUUAACAAAACCGUCCACGAAACUCUGAUGAUGUGCCAUGAUGUUUCUGCACAGACAUCAGAACUGAGUGCUACCAUCCCUAAGUGGAUAAAAGGCUCCCUAACAGACAUCCAACUUUUCCAGAAAGAUAUGAGGGAAUUUGUGGAAUCAAUCAUUGAAAUGAAAACUCAAGUUGUUCUAUCUAACUUAACUUGGUAUGUAAAUCGAUCAUUGUCUAGCGGCCUCGCCAACCCUGUCAAGUUCCAAAAGCAAUUCAAACCAUUCAUGAAGAAAUCAAUUACACCGAAGAAACCAAUGGCGAAUUUUACUAAUAUCUUAACUGGUCGGGCUCAAAGAAACACAAAUGACAUUCAAUUUCCUGAGAAAUAUCCCGACUGCAGCGGGUCCCCGUGUCGGAACGGAGGCACGUGCGUGGACGGCAGGAGCAGCUUCACCUGCGCGUGCCGACACCCCUUCACGGGCGCGCGCUGCUCGGUGCGCCUGGGCCAGGAGGACGCGCCCGCGCCAGAUUUUUCCAAAGGAUCUUACAGAUACGCGCCCAUGGUGGCGUUUUUUGCAUCUCACACGUAUGGAAUGACGACUCCUGGUCCGAUCCUGUUUAAUAACUUAGGUGUCAAUUAUGGAGCUUCCUUCACCCCGAGAACUGGAAAAUUCAGAGUUCCUUACCUUGGGGUGUAUGUUUUUAAGUACACCAUUGAGUCGUUCAGCGCUCACGUCUCUGGGUUCCUCGUGGUUGAUGGAGUAGACAAGCUCACAUUUGAGUCUGAAAAUAUUAACAGUGACACGCACUGUGAUCGGGUUUUGACUGGGGAUGCCUUGUUAGAAUUAAAUUACGGGCAGGAAGUGUGGCUGAGACUUGUGACAGGAACAAUUCCAGCCAAAUUCCCCCCUGUUACUACAUUCAGUGGUUAUUUGUUAUAUCGUACAUAA